AGAUCAUUUCUUUUAAUUAGAGAGAUAAUAUCUCUAUGUUCCAUAGGAUGUUUUCUACAUUUCAAUAAGACAAAUAUGAGGAUACUGGGGGAAUAAAACAAUCCCAAGAAAGCAAUAUUUUCAUUCACUAGAAUACCACAUUUUGUCAAGACUCACUGUACAGUGGACAUUCACUAGAUUUUGUCCCGUGUCAUUUACAAAUUCUGCCUCAGAAUUCAUGCCAAAAGUUUCUAUAUAUACUCUUUCCUACACUGGUUUAAGGCAUACCCACUUCUAAUAAUAACCCUUCAACUCUUCAACGGAUAAAAAUGGAUGUCUUCUUAGCAUACGUUCUUCCUCUUGUACUCCUCCCUCUCUCCCUCUACCUCGUCUUUCGUAAACGCGGCUCUGACGACUCGGAAAUGCCUCCGGGCUCAAAGGGUUGGCCAAUGUUGGGUGAAAAUAUGGAGUUUGCCUUAUUGGGUCCUCAGAAGUUCGUUAAAGAUAGGAUGGAGAAGUACUCGCCCGAGGUCUUUCGAACAUCGUUGGUGGGAGAGAAAAUGGCUAUAUUUUGUGGCGCACAAGGUAACAAGUUCCUUUUCACUAAUGAGAACAAACUUCUUACUUCAUGGUGGCCGCAAUCAAUGAAAAAGGCCUUGCUUUUUCCGGAAUUUGUGGAAAGUAAUUUGAAGGAAGUAUCGGCUCUUAAACGUAGCUUUCACCACGACAUUCUCAAGCCCGAGGCUCUAAAGAAAUACAUACCGGUGAUGGAUGCACUCGCUCGUGAACACUUGGAUGCAGAUUGGACUGCGAAUGGAGUGGUGAAAGUUUUCCCUUUGUCGAAAACAUACACUUUCGCCUUGGCGUGUAAAUUGUUUUUGAGUAUAACCGAUCCCGAGCACAUAAAGAGGCUGGCCGAUCCCUUCACCCUCGUGACAAACGGAAUGUUCUCCGUGCCUAUCGAUUUUCCCGGCACAGCAUAUAAUCGUGCAAUCAAAGGAGGAAAAAUGGUGCGCGACGAGCUUAUGAAAAUCAUCAAGCGGAGGAGAAAGGAGAUAAUUGCGAACAAUGAGACCGAAGGUCGAGACCUAUUAUCGUGUAUGUUGCUCGUUAAAGACGAAGAUGAUCAAUUCUUGAGUGAAAUGGAGAUUUCGAACAACAUAAUAGGUUUGCUAGUGGCCAGUUUCGAAACUACUAGCUCUGCUGUCACUGCUGUCAUGAAUUACUUGGCAGAACUUCCCCAUAUAUAUAAUGGUGUUUUUAAAGAACAAAUGGAGAUUGCAAAGUUGAAAGGUUCGGACGAGCUUUUAACAUGGGAGGAUAUCGAGAAGAUGAAGUAUUCGUGGAAUGUGGCACGCGAAUCACUCCGAUUAACACCACCGGCUCAGGGAGCAUUUCGAGAAACCACAACUGACUUCACUUAUGCAGGUUUCACUAUCCCCAAAGGAUGGAAGACAUUUUGGACCGUCCAUACGACACACAAGAAUCCAAAGUUCUUCCCUAAUCCUGAAAAGUUUGAUCCUUCAAGAUUCGAAGGAAGUGGACCGGCACCUUACACAUUCGUGCCCUUCGGUGGAGGACCACGAAUGUGCCCUGGAAAAGAGUAUGCUCGUCUCGAAGUACUUGUUUUUAUGCAUAAUGUGGUGAGAAGGUUCAAACUCGAAAAGGCAAUCCCGAACGAAAAGAUAAUUUUCUAUGCUUCUCCCACACCGGAGCAUGGCCUUCCGGUUCGCCUCCAACCUCAUGAGAAAUAAAUCACUCUCUCUUCAUCCAACAUUCUCGCCUUCUUUUUUUCAGCAACAACUUGAACUAAUAGAGUUUUCAAUGUUACAAAUAAAGAUGUAUUAAUUGGAUGGUUGGUCAUAUGUGUGCACGAUUAAAAAUUCAAUGGAAAUGAUAAGUGUGUUCCGUAA